GAUUUCAGUCUGUUACUCUCUCCAGCAUGUGGAAGAUGGUGAUUGUUGUUCAAUGCGCUACACUGAUUUUAAGAGGGCUGGGAGAGGGAGCUCCAUUAAGGCCUGAGGAGACUUGGAAACCCCUGGACAACCCCCGAAACAGAGAUCUGUUUUUUAGAACGCUAAAGACUUACUUUUCCGGGAGAGGUCUCGAUCUCAGGAAGUUUCCAGAUACUUUCUCAAAGAACAAUGACAAACCAAAGCCAGUAGCUUUCAACUUGGAUCCUCUUGAUUCUGCAUUUGCAGAUUACGAAGAAAAGAAAAACUCUUUUAUAACUUAUCUCAAAGGCUAAAGGAUAUUGAUCAAGGUGUCUCUUUUUAGAAAUACCGGUAGUUUAUUUCGUUCAGCCCCCCUCCCAAAAUUAUUUGAAGGCACAACUGCAAAAUAUGGAGAAGUGCAAGAAAGUUGAGAAAAGAAGGAAGGGGAAAGACAAGAAAAAAGAAGUGGUAAAAAAGAAGAAAAGGACUCCCGGUUGUUUCAAAGCAUCUAUGAAAUCUAAUAAUUGUUAAUUAAUUGACAAGGCACUAUUUCCC